AUGGUUGCGACGGAUCCCAGCUACCCGCUUCUUCCCCUGGCUUACUUUCUGUCUGUGGUGACGCUCUCGCUCGUGAUGCUCACCAGUUUCGUGCGCCAGACAUGGAAUCGAGGCGUGGUUUUUCUGUGCUUCUGGGUCAUGGCAGAGUGCUUGACAAGCGGCGUUGAUUGCAUCAUCUGGUCAGAUAACGCCGAGCUCAAGUUCUACGUCUAUUGUGACAUCGUUUCACACAUCCAAUUGAUCACAUACACCGUCAGACCGAUGGCUACCCUGAUUAUAACACGUCGGCUUUAUUUAAUCACCAAGCUCCAGACAGUGGAGCCCCCUACGAAGAGCAUGAGACGCCGGACGGCAAUCAUAGAAUGGGUUCUAGGGUUUCUCAUCCCCGUGUUAGUGGCAGGCCCCAUCUACUAUGUCAGCCAAGGCGCACGCUUCGAAGUCGACGAAGGAUUCGGAUGCACCGAUGCAUCAGCUUCAUCCAUGCUAGAGGUCUUGACACUGGAAUCUUGGGCAAUAAUCCCUCCCCUUUUCUCUAUCAUCGUAUACUAUCCGACGGUGGUGCGAACUCUGUAUCGCCAAAACAGAGACGUCAAUAGCUUCCUAGACAGCAACGACUCGGUCUCACGAACGAACUACCAUCGCCUCUUGGCUCUAGCUAGCAUCGAUAUCCUCCUCACCUUACCCAUCGGCUCAGUAAACAUAAUCCUGCGACUUGCGUCGAGCACAUCCACGGGUACACUGCCCGUGUAUCUGGGCUGGAAUGUCGUACAUUCCGAAUGGGGACCAGCGAGCAUUUCCUACGAGUCCAUCAAGGCCGUUGGGGUAGUCACUCUGGCUCAGUUCUACUUCACCAAUUGGACAUCGCCCGUUCUUGCGAUGGCUAUAUUCUGCCUCUUCGGACUGACCGCGGAGGCGCGCGCGUCGUAUGUACGUGUGGCGUAUAUGGCAUGCGGGUGGGUUGGAUGGAAGCAGUCCAUGCGCGCACGCGACGCGGUCGUAAUAGACGACAUCGCGUUUUCUGAGAGCCCACCGGGUGAUGCUAUCGAUACUAUGGGAGGAUCGCGCAUCACCGCUGUCUACAAUGAUUUGCCCUUGGUGAAUCACGACGUCGUCUCAGAUGGGGGAAGCUCUCUACGCCACCCGUUGGAGCGGGAGCGUAUCAGCAAUGCUAGAAAGCAUUCGUGUCGAGAGCCAUGA